AUUAACAUGUUAUUAGUUAUUUAUAUAUUCAAUGCCUGCAUUGCUUAUAUCAUCUAUUUUGUAUUUUUUGAUCUGUCCUUUUCUUUCAGUAUAUAAAAACCAAUUCAAAAUUAUUCUAGUCAGGUAUAAAUCACCUCCUACUAAAGUUAAACAAAUAAAACAAAAGUACUACUCAAUUAAUUAUGUAUAAAAAUAUGUAUAUCUACAACCAUGAAUUUGUAUACAUCCAAUUGAGUUUGAGGCCAUGAAUAAUGAAAUGGAUCCACCAAAGAAGAAACACCAUGUAGUUUGUAUUCCUCUCCCAGCACAAGGUCACAUAAAUCCAAUGCUAAAACUAGCAAAACUCCUUCAUCAUAGUGGCUUCUACAUAACCUUUGUCCACACAAAAUUCAAUUUUGACCGAUUGAUGAAAUCCAAUGGCUCAAAUUCCUUAAAGGGUCUUCCAGAUUUUAGAUUUGAGACCAUAUCUGAUGGAUUGCCAGCAGAGAAUCAAAGAGGAAUAAUGGACCUACCAGAUUUGUGCAUAGCAAUGCCAUUUGGUGGGUUGGUUUCAUUUAGAAAUCUUAUAGCAAAGCUUGUUUCUUCAGAAAAUGAAGAUGUGCCACCAGUUACUUGCAUAGUUUCUGAUGGUGUGAUGAAUUUUACUUUGAAAGUUGCUCAAGAAUUUAAUAUUCCUGAGUUCAUGUUGUAUACUCCUAGUGGUUGUGGUAUGUUGGGGUAUCUUAACUUUGAAGAGCUUGUCAAAAGAGGAUAUUUUCCACUUAAAGAUGAGAAGAAUUUAUGUGAUGGAUAUCUUGAAACUGAAGUUGAUUGGAUACCAGCAAUGAAAGGUGUUAAACUAAAAGACCUUCCCACUUUCUUUAGGACUACAAAUUCUAAUGAUACAAUGUUCAAUUAUAACAAAGAAUCAGUGAGCAAUGCAAUAAAAUCAAAAGGGAUAAUUCUUAACACCUUUGAAGAAUUAGAAUCAGAGGUAUUAGAUGCAAUCAAAAUCAAAUUCCCUAACCUCUACCCUAUUGGUCCAUUAUCAUUGCUACAUAAAAAAAAUUCAUCAAAUUCAAAUAAUCAAUUGGAGUCCAUUGAUUUUAAUUUAUGGAAGGAAGAUGUUAAUUGCAUAAAAUGGUUAGAUAAAAUGGAGAAAGGUUCAGUGGUUUAUGUGAAUUUUGGAAGCUUAGUGAUUAUGACUAAAAACCAAUUAAAAGAAUUUGCAUGGGGAUUAGCUAAUAGUAACUACAAUUUUUUAUGGAUUAUUAGACCUAAUCUUGUGGAUUGUGGGGAUGAGGUGAUAUCAAAUGAUGAAUUUGUUCAAGAAAUUGAAAAUAGAGGAUUAAUAUUGGGGUGGUCGCCACAAGAGAAGGUUCUAGGUCAUUCAUCUAUCGGAGGAUUCUUAACACAUUGCGGAUGGAACUCAACGUUGGAAAGUAUUUGUGAGGGUGUCCCAAUGGCUUGUUGGCCUUUUUUUGCCGAGCAACAAACAAAUUGUUUUUAUGCAUGUAAUAGAUGGGGGGUGGGAAUAGAAAUUGAGAGUGAUGUUAAUAGAGAACAAGUUGAAGGGCUAGUGAAGGAGCUUAUGGGGGGUGAGAAAGGGAAAGAAAUGAAGAAAAAGUGUGUUGAUUGGAAGCAUAAGGCUGAGGCUGCUACAUCAAUUGGAGGGUCUUCUUAUGAUAACUAUAAUAGUUUGGUUUUGCAAUUGAAGUUUGGUCAAUAAGUCACUUGGUUAAAGUUGAAUCAUGUGUUUAAUUUUUGUCAAAAAAUGUCAAUAAUAUCAAUUGCAUUGUAAAAUGACAAUAU